AUGGUACAUAUUUCAAAUAGCAAUAGAUGCUUAGUGAUUGGUUGUGGGGUGUGGGGUGAGAGAGAGAAUUUCUUUGAGAAUUUGUUAGGGUUAAAUUUAUUCUGAUUGGGCUGGAUGAUAGAAGAUGCUGACUGGCCGGAGGUUAUAGAGUGGUGAGUUAAUUGUCAGUUAGGAAACAUGAGGCAUAGGCAAAUUUGGCCCUCUAGAUGUUUUUGGCCUACAACUCCCAUGAUCCCUAGCUAACAGGACCAGUGUUCAAGGAUGAUGGGAAUUGUAGUCCCAAAACAUCUGGAGGGCCGAGAUUACCUAUGCCUGGGAAAGUUGUUGGGAUGUGACAGCUGAGAUGGGGAAAAGGGAGUUGAAGAGAGACAUGUGAGGAAGAGACGAAAGUCCAGCUGAGGCCUGAAUAUUCAUACCCACUGUUUUAUUAACGCUUGUCUGGUGAAGAUCAGUAGAAUGGAUCCAUGGUUGAGAUGGGGCUUGUCCUGUGUCUAGAAAUCAUAAGUUCUACUUUCUGAGUAUGGGUCCUAUAGUUUAUCCCUGCCACAUCUCCCAAGAAAACUUGUUCGCCACUGAAUCAGAACAAUCCACAGAAAAACCGAUUGAUGUUUGUUCUAAUUCAGUGAUAAACAACUGUGUUUUCCCCCCCCUGGAGAUAGUGACGGGACAAGUGGAAGUGUCGAUGAAGAAGCCAUCCUGUGUAAAGGUCUUAUCAAAAUAAGGUUGAAGAAGCGGGUGUUUUUUAAGUUGGCUAAACUGUCCAACCUGUCAGAAAUGCAACCACAGAAUCUUGGGCGGUCAGAGGUAGAAUGCGCCCAAGGACCUGGCCUAGAUUUAUGUAUUUUAUUUAACAAAAAUUAUAUACUGCUUGAUUGUAGGAAAACCUCAAAGCAGCUUACAAUAAAUAUUAAAGUUAUAAAUAAAAGCAGUUAAAACAAUUUUAAACAUUGAGAGAUAAUUAAAAUAGCUCAGCUCAGAUAAGCAAUCCCAGCUAAAAAUGAAGCAUCUUCCAAAAAAAAACCCCAUUAUUAUUAUUAUUAUUAUUAUGAUGAUGAUGAUGAUGAUUUGUUUCCUCAGCUUGCCAAUCUGCCCCGCAUGUCUUUCCUCUCAUUCCAUCUUCUGGGAGUAUCUCCAACAAUGGAAGCAUCACUAUUGGCUGCUUGGCCCAGGAUUUCCUGCCUAGCUCACUCACUUUCUCCUGGGAUAACGAUGAAGACGAGGCAAUCGAGUUUACGGAAUUUCCUUCUUUCUUCAACUCCCGUGGGACUUUCACUGCAAGCUCCAAGGCAGUUGUCCCUGCUGCAGCUUGGAAGCAUUUUAAUCCAUUCUACUGCAAGGCUGCUCACUCUCUUGGAAACAGAACAGAAGAAAUUGUCCGUCCGAGUAAGUGAAUUUAUUUGACUUGUUGUCUACAAAAAAACCAAGAUUUCCCAGCAGCCAACAGCAGCUCAAACCAGGAGAUUAGCAUAAAGGAGUCAGAAAGUGCUAGGGAACUCUUAAAAGACCAAAUGCUUGAUUUCUGCAUGGUCUUUUAUGGGAAGUGGCCUCUUGUGAUAAUCUUGCGAUAUAUCUUCCAUCCAAUAACUAGCUAGGGUUCCCUUAUGUCUGGAUUUCCCUGUUGCAUCAGCAGUAUUUGUGUGUGUGUGUUCUUUUUUGCCCUUCCAAAUAUUGCAACCCUACAACUAGCUAGUUCCCAAAGGACCACAUACCUGCCUGUAUUCUUAACACACUGAAUAAUUACCUAAGUUCAGAACUAAUGCUUUUCUGCAUAGGGUGAAGAUUAAUUUAUGUAAAAGAGGGAAAGCGUUUCAAAUCCGUUUGAAACCUGGCCCCUAAUCCAAGAUAUAGGUGAAUAGGAUAUGAUUGCCUUGUAGCAUGGGAAAUGAACUAGUCAUGUGCUCUUACACUGUCAUUCAUUCUGAGAGUGAGCCUUCACUCUGUGGGAUGAAGCCAUUGAAAUGGAUUGGGAAAUGCUUGUCUAGACGCACAACCUUCUAGAAGACAAUCUCAUGAGUCUUGUGAAUGAGGGUUCCUCGAUAGACCUGGAUCUGCAGUUCCCCUUGAGUUGCUGGAUUCAUCUGCAAUAAAUUUGUUUACCUUCUGCCACUUUCCUUCCUUCUGCAGUAGUGCGCCCAGACUCUCCGCCUAACAUUAUCAUCAGCGCACCACUCCUAAAGGAUUUUGCGGGGUCCCCCUUGAAUGCCACCAUCACCUGCACUGCUAUAAAUCUGCACACUCAGAAGACCACAAUCCAGUGGCUGAGGGAUGGAAAAGUUAUUGAAUCUGAUGAGCCCACCACCAUACGGAUCUCAAAGCGCAGCUACAGCGUGAGGAGUGAGCUAACAAUCACCAAGAACGACUGGGACAAUGGCAAGAAGUUCUCCUGCAAAGUGUCCAAUGAGAGAUUCAGUGGGCUAAAGAACAUCAGCAGACCCCUUAUUUGUGGCGGUAAGUUAUUAUAUUCCAUCAGAGCACCGGAAAGCUGAUUGAAACAUUCAAGACAACAGGGGCAUCUUUCAUUUCUGUCAUAAGGAAGGAGCGCUCAGUAUAUAUGGUUGCAUUCUGAACACGGGAGAAAUAUUAGCUUUGGGCUAAAACUGAGGUAAGAUUUCAUGAAAAUCUACAUAUGCCAAAACGCUCAACAAGAGGUGAAAAUCCUCUAGAAAGCAGAAUUAUAAUAGGUAAGCAGAUUUUACGGCAAGGUCUGAAGGCACUUAAGCACCAUAGUCUAGCAAUGUUAUCCUUCAGCGUAUGCUGGGAUACCGCUGAGAUAUGUAGAUCCAACCUUGGCUUCAGUGUUAUAUGAGACCUCAGUCUAUGUUUUGGUACUCAUAGUCCCCCAUACUUUCUGCUGAUCCAAUUCUGACAUUAUUUUUAGUGGGGGAGGAAUCAAAUUUCCUUGUGAUUCUUAAUAUUCUUACAAAUGAAUGCCUUGUGCAUUUGGGAUUCUACCAAGAGCACAGUGUAAAAUCAUUGACUCUGGCAAAUCAGUGGAUCACCAAGGAAAGGAACUUGUGCAGCAACUAGCAAGGUCUCCCAUCUACAAGCCCUCACAAACAAACUCCUUGAAUAUGGCACUAUCGUGGGAUAGGGAAAUUCUCUAUUCUGACUUGGACAUAAGCAAUGGAACUCUUUGAGGACAUUGGAUGUUUGAAUCAGAUAUACAUUGGGGUUGUCAUAAGUGUUGUCCUACUAUGGAUCUCAAUGCUCUUCUUCUUAGGUCUUUCCAUCCCUGUCAUGGUUGAGACCAUCCAACCUUCCUAUGCUGAUAUUUACCAGACCAAGUCAGCCAAGCUGACCUGCAGAAUUUCCAACAUACCCGAUGAGCAAGACCUUAAGGAGCUGAACGUCACCUGGACAAGAGCAUCUGAUGACAAACCCCUGGACACUGAACUGGAAACGUACCACGAUGAAGAAAACAGCGAUUUGAUAUAUGCAGAUGCAGUAGCUACUGUGUGUGUCGACGAGUGGGAAAAAGGAGAAACUUUCAACUGCAAAAUUAUUCACCCAGAUUUAUUUCCUUCAAUGGAAGUCAGGUCCCUGCGUAAGCCUCAAGGUAGGUGCCUAUUUUACAUCGGCUCAAAAAAAAAAAAAAAAAAGAUUAAGCAACCCUUGGUGUCAUUGAUUUUAGCAGUUUCGUUCUGUCUUCACAAUCAUUUAACACAAGCUAUCCUAACAUGGUGGUCUCCCCAGAUGUUCUGGACUAUAACUUCCAAAAUCAGCAAAUAUGGGGCUUAGUGGCUGGGGCUGAUGCACUUUGUGGUCCAAAACAUCUGGAGCACACCAGUUUGCGGAAGAGGGAUUUAACACGCAUCUGAAUCUAAGCAAUCGUUGUUGGAAUUAAUAAGCUAUCCUUCCAAUGCCUGCCCAGUGGACAUGUACAGUAUGGGCUUCUGUGUGCCUAAGGGCAACAAAAAGAAACAUCAACUUAGCCCCCAGCAUGCGGUCAAAAAAAUCCAUAUGACUUAAUGGGUUAUAAGUUAUAUGAGGCUGCUCUUAGAGUAGAUGAAGCCCCUACUCCAGGGGUCAGCAAGGUUUACCUCUCCUGGGCUGGUUCACUCCCAUGGAGAUUGCUCCGUGGGCCAGAUCGCAUCUGCGCAGACGCAAUUUUCAGCAUCUGCACAUGCACAGACGUGUUUUUCAGUGCAGCGGAAAUGAGUCCCUGCUCCAUGCUGCACCGGUUUAGCGCAGCACGCGGGGGCUCGCCAAGCGGGAAGCUCGGUUUGGGGGCGGCUCAUGGGCCAUUUAAAUAACCCCUGUGGGCCCCUUGUGGCCCAUGGGCUGCAGGUUGCUGACUCCUGCCCUAUUCUCACCCCACCUUAGCAAUGAAGAGAUGGGUUUGUCCCCACUUACUUCAUGGGACCAUCUCUGUAAGUCAUAGUCUCUCUGUCUCGCUUAUGCUCUUCCACUCUUUUUACACACACAAAGCAGUGGACCAUGCCACCACAGUCUUUUAUAAAAUCCAGAUUUAGAAAGCCAUUGCAUCAAAUCUCUGAUCUGGUCAUCAUUGGCCAUUGUCCAUUUCACCUCCUAGAAGGCUUCUACCAAUCUUCUCACAGGUUUUUCUGACUCUCUCAAACCAUACAAAUGAGGUCAUAGUUAAGGAAAGGAAAGUGGGGGAAAGAUGGUUAGCAAUGUACUUAAAAAACAAAACCAUGCAUUUGAUAUUCUCUUCACACACACCCUCCUUUAACCUUCCAGAUGGCAACCCCUCUGCUCCACAUAUCUACAUCCUUCCUCCUCCUCCGGAUCAGCUGGCUCUGCAGGAAACAGCCACUGUCACUUGUUUGAUGAAAGAUUUCUCCCCUCCUGAGUUCUUUGUCAAAUGGCUGCGGAAUGAUGAGCCCGUGGAUGCUUCCAAAUACUUCACCAGCACAGCCACCCAGGAGUCCAAGGCACCCAAGCGGUAUUACGCCUAUAGCAUGCUGAACGUCAAUGCAGAAGAGUGGAAUUCUGGAACUACUUACACUUGCAUGGUGGGGCAUGAGAUGUUGCCCCUCCAGACGUCUCAGAAGACCAUAGACAAGAAUACGGGUAAACCAACCGUUGUCAACGUCUCCCUCGUGCUCUCCGACACCGCCAGCACUUGCCAGUAA